UGACAUUCCAAACUAUUUGAAAGAAGAUUGGAUAUUCCGUAAAUCGAAAAAUAUGAUUGAAUAUCAAACUGAAGUUCUGAAAAUUAAACACCCAUCAAUUUUUACCGACCAAAAUUUUAACGACGUUCUUAGUAAAACAGCAUUUUUACUUCCCAAUAGUGACCUUUCUCUAAAUGAUUUUUUAUACUUUAUUCGUUCUUUUUGA